AGGCAGAUCCGGAUCCUGACGGCUGAUAACAAAGGAUCUGUCCAUCCCACGAAGAACACUUUCUUUGGGAGAGCCACUUUCAAUCACAGCACCCUCUCCCUGCGGAUCAGCCCCGUUAGCGUGGCCGACAGUGGCGUCUAUCGGGCAGAAACCGAGAGCUCGACAGGUGAUGUGCCAGCUGUGAAGUUCUGCGUGUCAGUGUGGGAGCAUUUCAGCAUUGUUCCGUGGUGGGCAGUGGCUGUGGUCAUAGGGCUGGUGCUGACCGUCUCCAUAAUCCUCGUUGCCACUUGCUGCAGGAGGAGGAGGAAGCGACGAAGGGAACCCCCGGAAGGACACGCUGAGCAGAUGCUGACCGUCUAUGAGGAGGUGGGCAAAGCCCAAACCAGCCAAGCACCUAAUCAAAGCUGUGCGGCCACUGUGGAAGGAAACACCGUCUACACCGUCGUCUGGCCCAGAACGCAGGCAAGGACACCCAACUGCCCUUUGGAGCCUGAAAGCUGCACCAUCUACUCCAAGAUUCAGCCCACCAAGAAGUCUCCUUCUCUCAGGAGGAAGAAGUUGGAUCGAUCGUUGGUUUCCACUGCCUACCUAGAGGUAACAGGCACUGGACUGGUGGCGAGAUGA